AUGCCCCCUGCCGGGAGGUCCGGGGGAAACACCGAUGCUGGCGCGGAGGGUCGCUCCUGCCGCAGCUCGGCCCUCCCGCUCCCCGCCCCCUUCGGCCCGGCGCUCGCCCGCGUUCCGCCCGCUCAGCCGGGGCAACAGCGCCGCCUGCCGGGGACUCGCGCCAGCUCGGCCGCGACGCUACGCCGGCGGUCCCCGUUCCCGGUACCGCCCCCGCCAAAGCGCUACGCCCCCCUGAAAAAGCGCGUGAAAACCAGGACGAAAGACAAAUACCGAGUGGUGUAUACGGACCACCAGAGGCUGGAGCUGGAGAAGGAGUUUCACUACAGUCGUUACAUCACCAUCCGGAGGAAAGCCGAGCUGGCCGCCACGCUGGGGCUCUCCGAGAGGCAGGUUAAAAUUUGGUUUCAGAACCGCAGAGCGAAGGAAAGGAAAAUCAACAAGAAGAAGUUGCAGCAGCAGCAGCAGCAGCAGCAGCAGCAGCCGCAGCCCCCACCGCCGGCACCACAGCCCCCCCAGCCGCCGCCAGGCCCUCUGAGAAGCGUCCCGGAGCCCCUGAGUCCUGUGUCUUCCCUGCAAGGCUCGGUGCCCGGCUCCGUCCCUGGGGUUCUGGGGCCAGCUGCGGGGGUGUUAAACCCCACUGUCACCCAAUGA